AUGUUUCAUCCACUCGUCCUCGCCAUUCUGGCUCUGAUUUGUGCCAUCGGCUCGAGCAACGCCAGGAAGCAACACUCUUGCGAGAACAAAUGCAUCACAGAGGAAGAAGUCACGCAUCUAAUCGACGGCUUCCGAAAAGUCAUCUCUGAGUCCCCCGUCAAUAAGACCUCGCAGCCGAGAUCAUCUCAGAAGACUUCAUCAGCAUCUCCGACAGCGUCAACUUCGUCGACCAAGUCCCCGUCACUCAACACAACUCUAACGCACUCCCUCCCCGAACUCCUGGAUCAAGAAUCCCGCCUCCCCGCCGUCGGCACCGUGAAAGACCUCUACGUCGCGCACAACUGCGAGAUGAUCACCUGGUAUUUCGAGUUUGCAACGAAACCCCUUCCAACCCGGGGAAUCGCGAUUCUGUUUGUGAAUCGAAAGACGAGGAAGAUUUGGAAGGCGUAUCGGGAGGCGAAUGUGGGCGCUACGUUGGUUGCGCAGGGGAGGCCGGAGUGUAAGGGGGAUUUUGGGUGGAGUGUUGGGAGGGAGGGGGUGGAAGGGGGGAGGAGUGGUUGUGAGGGAGGGUGUGGGGUGGUUGAGGGGUAUUGA